CUAAGAGCCUGGGCUCCAGCGUGCCCCAGACGUGGGGAAGUGACUGCAAGCUGGCAGGCGAGGGUGAGAGCACUGUUGGCCCCAGGAUCCAGCUCUGGGAAGCUGGGAUUCUUUCCCAGACGCUGGCUCCGAGGAACACCAUGGAGGAGGAAGGGGUAAGAAACUUCAAGGAACUUCGAGCCAAAUUUCAAAAGUUUGAUGCCCCACCUUUCCCAGGACCGAUUAAGUUGCCAACUGGUGUUUCUCGAAAGGAUGACAGGGGACACACACAGGCAGCUCAGAGUCUGGCUAGUGGGAAGGGCCUCUCAUCCCAUCACCAUCAGCCCCUGUCUUCUUCUACUGAAGUAUGCCAGCCUCUUAAAAGCCAGGAAAAGAAGAAUUCACGUUCCUCGGGACCUCCGGAAAAGUCUGCUGUGUGUCCUGCAAGAAAUUCCCAGGAAGCUGCCACGCCACGGGAUGGGAGUCGAUCAAAAGCUGAGACAUCCAAUGAGGAGAAAGGACUGGUCCUCAGCAGCUUCAGAUUUAAGCUUUGGAACUGGGAGAAAUUUUUAUCUCAGAACAGUAAGAUGUCCCCAGCUCCGCCUCUUACCAACUGUGGGAAUAAGACCUUCCAUGUGGAAAGUCAGAAAACCACAGGGCUUGCUCAGAUAAAACCAGAGAUGAGCCCGGAGACAACAGAAGUCCAGACCUUUUCUCCCCAGAGCCAUUUGAUGGUCCGGAGAAAAUCACCUGUGGCCUCUGAAGCCUCCCCUUUGCCGCUUCCUCAGCAUGGCAGGAAAGGUACAGACAGCCCUGGUGCUGAGGAGAGCCCCAGGAGCAGCCUGUGCCAGCCUGUUUAUGAGUGCGAGCUUACCAGCCCGGUUCCAGAUGAGCCAGAGAGCAGGCAUCAACAGCUUCCCAAAAUAAAGCCACUGCCUUCCAUUGAGACCCUCGGCCCGCCUCCCCAGAAGCCUUCAAAACCCCCAUUUGUGGACCUCCAGGCCUUCCGUAGGCAGCCAACUGCUGUCUCCAAGACCCUGAAAGAAGUGACUGUGAAGGAGAGCCCCCGGACUCCAGAUGGGGCUGAGUUGGAAGAAUCACAUAAUUAUGACACAACAAUUUCAUAUCUGAGUCAUUCUGGCAACUCCAUUAACCUGUGUGCUGUAGGAGAAACUGAUGAUGCCACUUAUGAAAUUGAAAUUGAAGAACUCCAAAAGCCUUGGAGGAGUUUUCUCCAUCCAGAGCUGAGCCCUAGACCUAAGGACGAAGAAAACAAUGUGAAGGAAAAAGAGCUAUGGGAAUUAGAACCUCAAAAGCGAGAGGAUUCACAUCCUGACCACCUUUCCGAGGCAGGUGUCUAUGAAGGGACACCAGAAGAAGUCCACAAGGACAGAAGGAGUGUUCCAGCUGGAAACCCGGAAGCCAUGGCUGACAUCACUCCGAACAGGCUCUUCCCCGAGGAUGUGAUGCUGACCAGGCCCUCCCAAGAUAAGGGUGGGUAUGUGGAGGCUUUGGAGGUGACCAAAGAAACCCCAAGUCCAAGUACCAUUAGGUCAAACUCCUCUUCAGAGGAUACUUAUGACGAUGUGGGGUGCUCCAGAGAAGAUCUACCCAAGUGGGACUUCUCCAGCUCAUUCACCUCAGACAGCGAGGAAAAUAGUGAAGACAUGUAUGAAGAUAUAUACAAAGCAAAGAAUCAUGACCAAAAAACAAAUGUAGAUGGAAGAGCAGCCCUGAGAAGACUGCAGCAGCUCUUCAGGAAUGAGAAGGGCAUAUUCAGAAUGAAGAAAGCCAAGUCAAAUGUCAGUUGUCCGCUGGGGCUAGAUCUCCCAGGAGAGCCAAUGGACAGGAGCAAUGGAUUUUCCAUGUCACUGCCUGACUUAGGACUCGGGUCUGAGGACAUUACCAUCUAUGAUGAUGUGGACACAAGUGAGAAAGAAUCAAAAGAUGAAGAUAAAUUAAAAACUUGGAAGCUUAAGUUUUUGACAUCAAAGUGGAAAAAGGGGGAAAAAGACAGUGAAGGAUCCAAAAGUUUCUCUCCCAGGAAUUUCUUCAGAGCUAAGAAGCACAAUUUAGAAAAGAAUAGAAUGGAAAAAGAAGAAAAACUUUUUAGAGAAAGAUUUCAGUAUGGUAAAGAGAUUGUGGUCAUUAAUAGAGCAGUAGCGUGCUCCAGUAAUUCACGGAAUGGAGUAUUUGACCUGCCAAUAACUCCUGGAGAACAGCUGGAAGUUAUCGACACCACUGAAGAAAACCUAGUGAUAUGUCGCAAUUCCAAAGGCAAAUAUGGCUAUGUGCUCAUUGAACAUCUAAAUUUCAAGCAUCAGGGCUGAUUCCAUCAGGAAGGUCUGCAUAAGUCAGGAUGUGCCCAAGCUGUGAGCCCCGCCCCACAGCCCUUCCAGUUCCUGUGUCAAAUGAGAUGGGCUGUGGAGACUUCUGUCAGAAACUCAGAAGAAAACCCUCAACAUGUCAAUGUUGGUUUGACUUCAAAAAAGUCCGUCUUUCAAUGUCUGUUUUCCUGCUGGUUCAAGAGAUUGUGAAACAGAAUGUUAGCAUGCGAGCACUUGCCUAAUGAGCCACAUCCCAAGUUAGACGUCUUGCCUUAUGGUACCAGGGAGCUGUGCAGAUGGUUAGUGAACAUCUAAUGUUAGUACACGUCAAAUGCAAUUUCUUGGUGCACAUCUACAUUUCAUAUGACUUCUAAGUGGUAAAGAAUGUAACCAUGUUACUUUAAACAAAACACCUGAGCCAUAGUUAUUUGUUGUUUUUUAACCAAAGUAAAAGAACAGAAGAUAAGUACUACUGAAGGGAACAGUAUGCUGGGGGGGAGGGGAUUCUUUUCUAAAUUCAACCACAAGUAUUUUUUAGAAAUGUUUAACAAAAAUGUAAGGAUAUGUACAUGUUGUAUCAUGUGAAAACUUUGCCUAAAAUAGGGGAAAUUAAUAGUUUGUCUAUUCCCAAACAUAUCCAAGUGAAUUUUAUUUACAUGACAGUACACAGAAAUUGCACAGUUGUAAAUAACAUUCUGGUCCUACCUGAUGUGCACUAUGUGUUAAUAAUAAAUUCUACAUAUGCUUUCAACCGUUA